GAGCAGAUCGGCACCAUGGAGUCUCGGGUCUUACUGAGAACCUUCUGUUUGCUCUUCGGUCUCGGAGCAGUUUGGGGUCUUGGUGUAGACCCCUCCCUGCAGAUUGACGUCUUAACGGAGUUAGAACUUGGGGAGUCCACGACCGGAGUGCGCCAGGUCCCCGGGCUGCACAAUGGGACGAAAGCCUUUCUCUUUCAAGAUACUCCCAGAAGUAUAAAAGCCUCCACUGCUACAGCUGAACAGUUUUUUCAGAAGCUGAGAAAUAAACAUGAAUUUACUAUUCUGGUGACCCUAAAACAGACCCACUUAAAUUCUGGAGUGAUCCUCUCCAUUCACCAUUUGGAUCACAGGUACCUGGAACUGGAAAGCAGUGGCCAUCGGAAUGAAGUCAGACUUCACUACCGCUCCGGCAGCCACCACCCUCACACAGAAGUGUUUCCUUACAUUUUGGCUGAUGAUAAGUGGCACAAGCUCUCUUUAGCCAUCAGUGCCUCCCACUUGAUUUUACAUGUCGACUGUAAUAAAAUAUAUGAAAGAGUUGUGGAAAAGCCUUCCACGGACUUGCCCCUGGGCACUUCAUUUUGGCUGGGACAGAGAAAUAAUGCACAUGGAUAUUUUAAGGGUAUAAUGCAAGAUGUGCAAUUACUUGUCAUGCCCCAAGGAUUUAUUGCUCAGUGCCCAGAUCUUAAUCGCACCUGUCCAACGUGCAAUGACUUUCACGGACUUGUGCAGAAAAUCAUGGAACUGCAGGACAUUUUAGCCAAAACAUCAGCCAAGCUGUCUCGAGCCGAGCAGCGAAUGAAUAGAUUGGACCAGUGCUACUGUGAAAGGACUUGCACCAUGAAGGGAACCACCUACCGAGAAUUCGAGUCGUGGACAGACGGCUGUAAGAACUGCACAUGCCUGAAUGGAACCAUCCAGUGUGAAACUCUGAUUUGCCCAAAUCCUGACUGCCCCCUCAAGUCGGCUCUCGCAUACGUGGACGGCAAGUGCUGUAAGGAAUGCAAAUCCAUAUGCCAAUUUCAAGGACGGACAUACUUUGAAGGAGAAAGAAAUACAGUCUAUUCCUCUUCUGGAGUAUGUGUUCUCUAUGAGUGCAAGGACCAGAGCAUGAAGCUGGUUGAGAAUUCGGGCUGUCCCACUCUGGACUGUCCAGAGUCGCAUCAGAUUACCUUGUCUCAUAGCUGUUGCAAAGUCUGUAAAGGUUAUGACUUUUGCUCUGAAAGGCAUAACUGCAUGGAGAAUUCUGUCUGCAGAAAUCUGAAUGACAGAGCUGUUUGUAGCUGUCGAGAUGGUUUUAGGGCUCUUCGAGAAGACAAUGCCUACUGUGAAGACGUUGAUGAGUGUGCUGAAGGGCGCCAUUACUGUCAUGAGAACACGAUGUGUGUCAACACCCCGGGUUCCUUCAUGUGCAUCUGCAAAACUGGAUACAUCAGAAUUGAUGAUUAUUCAUGCACAGAACAUGAUGAGUGUGUCACAAAUCAGCACAACUGUGAUGAAAAUGCUUUAUGUUUCAAUACUGUUGGAGGACACAACUGCGUCUGCAAGCCAGGCUAUACUGGGAAUGGAACUACAUGCAAAGCAUUUUGCCAAGAUGGUUGUAGAAAUGGAGGAGCUUGUAUUGCUGCCAACGUGUGUGCCUGCCCACAAGGCUUCACCGGGCACAGCUGUGAAACAGACAUCGAUGAGUGCUCUGAUGGCUUUGUUCAGUGUGACAGCCGUGCUAACUGCAUCAACCUGCCUGGAUGGUACCACUGUGAGUGCAGAGAUGGCUACCAUGACAAUGGGAUGUUUUCACCAAGUGGCGAAUCGUGUGAAGAUAUUGACGAGUGUGGGACUGGGAGACACAGCUGUGCCAAUGACACCAUUUGCUUUAACUUGGAUGGUGGAUAUGAUUGCCGAUGUCCUCAUGGAAAGAACUGCACAGGGGAUUGCGUCCACGAUGGAAAAAUUAAGCACAACGGUCAGAUUUGGGUGCUGGAAAAUGACCGGUGUUCCGUGUGUUCAUGUCAGAAUGGAUUUGUAAUGUGUCGACGGAUGGUCUGUGACUGUGAGAAUCCCACAGUUGAUCUUUUCUGCUGCCCUGAAUGUGACCCAAGGUUGAGCAGUCAGUGCCUCCAUCAAAACGGGGAAACCUUGUACAAUAGUGGUGACACCUGGGUUCAGAACUGCCAGCAGUGCCGCUGCCUGCAAGGGGAAGUUGACUGUUGGCCCCUGCCUUGCCCAGAGGUGGAGUGUGAAUUCAGUGUCCUCCCCGAGAAUGAAUGCUGCCCGCGCUGUGUCACCGACCCUUGCCAGGCUGACACCAUCCGCAAUGACAUCACCAAAACUUGCCUGGACGAGAUGAAUGUGGUUCGCUUCACUGGGUCCUCUUGGAUCAAACAUGGCACUGAGUGUACUCUCUGCCAGUGCAAGAAUGGCCACAUCUGUUGCUCAGUGGAUCCACAGUGCCUUCAGGAACUGUGAAGUUAACUGUCUCACUGGAAAUUUCUGUUUAAAGAAUGUUUCAUU